UGACAUGGUUGUUUCAAACGUUCAAAAGUAUUACGUAUUAGAGUGAACGUUAAGAAGUGUAUGGUUCGAACAAACAAAACAAGACUUAACCUAACUCAGUAGUCAGUCAAUACGGAAUAUUAUAUUAUAAUACAUUCAGUGAGAAUUUACUUGUUUAAUAUUAACCUAACUACAAAGUGGUUUGUGAAAUUACGUUGUUAAUGAUGUAUUAAUAGUCAGAUGAAUUUAUUUUAUAUUAGUUUAAUAUAAUUUUUCGUCAUGAAGUUAGUGAAAAUAUUAAUUCUUAUUGUGAUAAUAAUACCAACUUCCUUAUCAUAUGUUCCUUACUGUGCUACAAGUGAAAAGGGACAAAAGAGUCAAUUAACUGCAGAUUUCAACCCCAUUGUAUGUAAUGCAAAAUUUGGGCAGCAGUAUAAUGGAAAUGUUACCAAUGACACUGAGUUUAUCUUUGUGUUUCCAAAAGAUAGGAAAAUUACUUCACCUGCUAGAAUAACAGUAGUUAGUAAAGAUGCUGCACCAUCACAUCCAUUGUUAGUGGUGGUUACACAGUUGAAAUCUAUACUUUCUUGGCAAAUCCCCCUCGUAACAGACACUCCAAGUGGAAGUUACACAUACAGCCAGAUAUCAAGGACACUCUGCCCCGACCCAGAUAAUGGUGAAAUAGUAGUCAGUCUGUCCACACUAAGUGACUUCAACAUUUCCUUUGUUUUAUGGGUUAAUAUAACCCAGAACUUUGACAUAGAAUUAUCCAGACAGUAUACUCUGAAGGUUUCACCAUCUGAGCCACAGUUCUACAGGUUUCAAUUCGACAAUGUAACAAGUUCGGCACUGCUGCAUGUAGAAUCCCACGAUUCUCCUUGCAUGACUCUUUCAAUCCAAAACAACUUGUGUCCUGUUUAUGACUUGGAAAGGACCAUCCAAUACCAAGGCUUAUGGCAGACGGUUAUGACCAAAGGAGGGAUAUUUUUAAGGAAGGAAGAGUUCCCCAAUGGCUUGUUUGUGGUGUUUGUUGUACAUAGCACAAACAUAGCUUGUACUGGCAAGAGGACUGGUGGGAACAGUGAUCAGGUCAAGUCUCUGACGUUCCAGCUAGAACGCAGCAUAGGCUACUGGGAUUAUGUCAUUGGCGUGGCGUCCGUGCUGGUGGUGUUUUUCGCCAUAUACCUUGCUGCGUUUCUGUUCGCACUAUGCUCUAAAAAGACUCUGCCAUUACAGCCACACUCAGUUGAGUCACCUAUAGAUGCAGUCAAUGCGCCACACUAUGCGGCUAUAUCUUCGUGUGCUACUACACCUACCACUUCAAUCUUCCCUGGAGGGUACAGUGACGACAGUGAUCCGGAUGAGACUGAUGUUGAUUUGCUCUAUGAUGCAGAUAGUUCUAAAGAAGUCAUCAGGACCAAACAGAUCCUGUUCCUGAGUGAUCUUGCCCAGAAGGAUCCUAGAGUGCUGAGUGUAAAGUCAAGUUUAUUUCUGUGGAUCAUGAUGACCGUGGCAGUUUUCUAUGCUUUACCAGUUGUCCAACUUGUGUUCACUUAUCAACAGGUUCUGUAUGAAACUGGAAACCAAGACCUCUGCUACUACAACUUUCUCUGUUCUCAUCGUCUCUUCUUCAUGAGUGACUUCAACCACGUAUUUUCUAACAUUGGGUACCUGCUGUUUGGUCUUCUGUUCAUCGGACUGACAUAUCGCAGACAGCGUAUCAGUCAUGCGGUGGGCUCCCACCUGGGUAUCCCCUACCACUACGGGAUGUUCUACGCUCUUGGCGUGGCUCUGUGCAUGGAGGGAGUGCUCAGUGCUUGCUACCAUCUUUGUCCUAACCAUUCCAACUUCCAGUUCGAUACAUCGUUUAUGUACGUGCUUGCUGUGCUAUCCAUGAUGAAGAUAUACCAGACCAGACACCCAGAUAUAACUGCCAGUGCUUACACCACAUUCGGAAUCCUGGCUCUGGUCAUAUUCCUCGGCAUGUUUGGUGUGCUCAACGGCUCAGAUUGGUUCUACAUAGUUUUCACUGUGAUGCACCUGUCGACUUGUUUGGUCGUGACUGCCCAAAUCUAUCACGUCGGCACAUGGAAAUUUAAUUUUGGGAUGUUUAGCAGAUUUAUGAACCAAUGUAAAAAUGACUACAUGGCAGGAGGCUUAAAACAAUCUUGUACACCGUUAUAUCCGGCUAGAAUGAUACUUUUAUUUUUAGCCAAUGUUGGUAACUGGGGCCUGGUAGCCGUGGGGUAUUACUUGCAUCUUGGAGAUUUCGCUACGUAUAUGCUCUCUAUAUUUUUAGCAAACCUUAUGAUGUAUUACUUCUUCUACAUUGUCAUGAAGUUGGUGUGUAAAGAAAAGAUUCUGAAACCACCCGCUAUUUACAUAGUGUUAUCAUUUGUGUUUUGGAUUGCUGGCCUUUACUUCUUCUACUAUAAAUCAAUCUCAUGGAAGUUGACACCUGCUGAGUCUCGUGCCUAUAAUCAGCACUGUGAGAUUUUAAGCUUCUUCGACAAACAUGACAUCUGGCACUUCCUAUCUUCAGGAGCACUCUUCUUCUCUUUUAUGGUGCUGCUGACUCUCGAUGAUGACAUAGCAGAGAAAGAUCGAAGAGUUAUUCCUGUGUUCUAGUGAAAACUAGGUUGAUUUAUUAAGUUUCAACGAUUUGUGAUAAAUGUUCUAAUAGAAUGUAUUUAUUUUUGUACUAUAAUUCAAUGCCACUAAUGGCAUCUGACCAAGUGCCACAAGUGUACUUAGAAGUACAAACUUCACCUUCUGUAUUAAUUUAAGGAUAUUAUAAAUGAGCAUAUUUGAGGAAAACAAUUUAAUGUUGCUUAGUCAAUUGAGCUUUAUUUACUUGAGUAGUCAUAUAACUAGUAGGUUAAAUCAGCAUAAGCAUAUUGGUUGUUUUUUACCCCUGACUAUUUGUAUUAAUUAUAAUUAAUUAAUAAAAAAGGUUUUUGUUUUAAUUCCAAUAAAAAUUAUUACCACAUGGAAAAUGUCCUGAGUAAAACGUCUAUCAUGAUCAGAACCUAACAGUUGAGGUUACUUAUUGUAUCUUGCUUCAUAGAACAUUAAAUAUCACAGAUAAAGGUGUCUUAAUCUUUAGAUAUUGAUCAAUAACAACUAAUUUGUUGAUAAUUUGUGUGCUGUUAAGUGUUUUAUAGUCAGUUAUGAGAAAAUUUAUCAGUAUGAUAUGAAUUCCUUGCUGAAGAUGUCACAAUGAUUUCUUCAUUACUAGUUUAAUCAAUAUAAUAAUAAUAAUAUGUUUUGACAGGUAAUCAAUCAUGACAUUUACAAUGGCAAAGAGCAAAAGCUCUGAUUUCAAAAUAUCACAUCAAAUUAUAAUAAUAUAUUUGUUGUCAUACUAAAGAAUGAUAGUGACAAAUAAUGUAUUAUUCAAAUCAGUUAAUAAAUAUUAGUCUAAUGACAAACAUUGUACUGUAUAAGAAGUUAGUAUUUUGUUAUUCGUUUUAUUAUUGUAAGUUUGAUGUUUGUUAAAUGCAAAAAAACAUAUUGGGAUCCCUGCCGUGGUCCUAACCGUUAGAUUGGUCCUAACUGUAAGAUUUAAUUUUGAUGACUUUGUGCUAUUUUGACCUCUAUGUCCUUAUUUUUAUUGCACAUGUAUAUUAUAUACAUGAUGCAGAUUUGCAUCGGUCAUUAGGUUACAUAUAGCAUCAGAAACCAUACUUUUGCUGAAUUUGGGUUGUAAUACUUGUUUUAAAACUAUCAAUUGCCUUGGGGCCAUUAUAAAAACAACUGUUCUACAUUAAUAUUAACCUUUGUUUUAGUCAAAAUUUUGGUACAUAUACUUUGGCAUCAACUUUGUUAAUGCAUUAUGAUGAAUGAAGAAUCAAUCAUUCAUAUUGAUAAUGGAUAUAAACAAAUAUAAAAUUAAGAAGAAAAUUCACAAGGCUGCAUACGAGUGUGCAUUUAGAUAUGUACAAAAAGCUCUUAGAUUUGGAGUGCAUAAACCCACAAGCAAUCAAAAACAAAAUUGUAGAGAAAUAUGUUUUCUUUGAAUGGUUACAGUUAGUACAGUAUUAGUAUAACUUUAGUAUAAGGAGAUGGAGAAUUUUCGUAGUAUAUUUAAAAUGAAUUUAUUAUUUUUAUGGGAAUAGAGGAAUAAUAUAUUUGUUACAAAUCAUAUAGUUUGUGUAGGCAAAACUCAUUACAUUUAUACGUAAAUUCAAUGCAAGAAUCCUUCAUAUAAACCGUGAAUAAUUUAAUUUUACAAAAUGUAUUUUGAUGACAUAUUUGAAAAAUUAAAUGACAGGUGUUGACUUGAUAUUUUGAGUAACUGUUAUUUUAAAAGUACUCAUAGCAAUCUCACAAAAUUAAGUAAAUCAUAAUAAGCUGUGCAUAUUAAUUUAGAUUAGGAUGAAGAAAAGUAAUCUGAUGACUACAAUAAAAUAUUAUUACAAUUUUGAACCUUGUGAGCUAAACACUGUGUAUGUUUGAUUUUAUCCGCAGUUAAAUUAGUAAGAGUUAUUAAUCAAUAUAAUGCUGUUAAAUUUAAUUCAUACAAAAUACCUUGGUGUCUUUUUAGUUUUAGAUGCAAUUUAUUUUACACAAUCUUUGAAAUGUAAGUAAAACUAUUAUUUCUGAUUAUUGUACAUGUCAUUUACCCACCAUAAUGUAUGGCAAUGUACUAGUCUUUAGGACAAAAUACAUUUAAACUAAAGUUACCAAAGUUUAUGUAUUAAGAAAUGAAAACUUUAAGGAGCUCCCUAUUAUGAUAGUCUUAAGUUGUCUUUCAGUUUGUACUUGUCACCCACAUUAUUUUUAGUAAACUAGUGAUAGUGUUGUGUAAAGCUUACAGUUUAAUUAAUUUUCAAUAAUUUCUUCUUUUUGUUUAAAAUGUUAGUACCAUAUCUCAUGUGUUAUGUUUUAUCUAUAAUAGAAGACAAGUGAAUUGUUACAGUACUCUUAUGCAUUUUAAGAUCAUGUUUUCUCUGCUUUUGUACAGUGACAUAACUGAUAAUCAUUAAUUAUGCAUAGUUAUUUUAUUGAUAUUUUAUCUAUUAUUCAUAUGUAUUAAUUUUGUAUGUUCCUUAUGUACUAGAUUUUACGUUACUUAUUAAAGUUUUGUAAAACA